AUGAGACUCCUCCUUGUCGCGGCGGCCCUGGUGGCCUGCGCCGCCGCGCACGAGCACCACGGCGAAGCUCCCAUUUGCGCCGGCGGCGGUGGUCGCGUGGUCGCGGAGUUCCGUCCCGGGGAGGUGACCCUGGACGGGCACCCCGCCGACUGGGAGGCCGUUGAGGCCUCGGAGUUCGCGUUGCUCCCGGCGCUGGACCCCGACGACGACAAGGCCUACACCGGUGGCAAGGUCGCCGUCAAGGCUGUGCAUGAUGGCGUCAAUGUUUUCUUCAUGCUGCAAGUUGAUGGGGACUAUGCUUACACUAAAGGUGAAAGUAAAAAGUGCCCCUCUGUUGCUCUGAUGUUCCAAGUUGGAAAUGCUAUUCCUGGACGUCUUUAUGGUGGCAAUCACAUAGAUAAUGCAGCUGGAAAAGGAGGUGAUAGAUUUGGCCAUCUUGUUGAUGUCUAUUCAUGGAAUCCCCAUUGCCGCUACCUUGAUGGUAUAGGCCCUAAAGAAAACAAUUCAAAUGCUCAAAAUGAUUGGCAUGGGGCUUGGUGGCACAGUUCCCUGACCUUCCAUUCAGGUUUUGUGGAUGAUGACAGUCCUUAUGGAAAGAAAGAUGACAAAGGCACAUAUUACUUUGAGUUCUCAAGGCCCCUAAGAACAAUGGACCAGUUUCAGCAGGAUGCGCAGUUCACAAUAGGCGAGCCCAGCAGUAUGGCCGUAGCUUUCUGGUACCCAACUGACGGCAAACCAUGGAGCAACUCCCAGCAUUACUCAGCCAGCUGCGACUGGGUGACUCUGGACAUACAGCCUUCAUUGGAAGCCGCUCGAUACCGCCCAGCCCCUAACCGUUCCUGGGAUGCUGCGACCGCCUUCGCCUUGCUCCUUUCAGUGGUGGCCGUUUGCGUGUCUAUCUUUGUGGGCUACUCAGCUUCGAAGAACAAGAGCGGUGUCCAAUUUACACAGCUGGCAGACAUCUAG